AUGUCCGAUCUGUCAGAUCUCGAUCGUCAAUUAGAACAACUGCGACGAUGUGAAUUAAUUAAAGAGAGCGAAGUUAAAAUGCUUUGCACAAAAGCACGCGAAAUACUCGUUGAAGAAAGUAAUGUUCAAAGUGUCGAUUCACCAGUUACGAUUUGCGGUGAUAUUCAUGGGCAAAUGUUCGAUUUAUUGGAAUUAUUUCGUGUUGGAGGUGACGUUCCACAGACAAAUUAUUUAUUCUUGGGCGAUUUCGUUGACCGCGGUUUUUAUAGUGUUGAAACAUUUUUAUUAUUACUUGCACUGAAAGUAAGAUAUCCAGAUCGAAUCACGUUAAUUCGUGGUAACCAUGAGUCUCGUCAAAUAACACAAGUCUACGGCUUUUAUGACGAAUGUUUAAGAAACUUAUCAGCUGUUAUUGAUGGGAAAAUUUUUUGUGUUCACGGUGGACUUAGUCCAUCGAUAAAUACACUUGACCAAAUCCGACUGAUCGAUCGAAAAAUGGAAGUACCUCACGAUGGCCCUAUGUGUGAUCUUUUAUGGUCUGAUCCGGAAGAUGCACUCGGCUGGGGUGUUAGUCCACGUGGCGCUGGUUAUCUAUUCGGUAGUGACGUUGUUUCACAAUUUAAUCAAAUGAACAACAUUGAUUUGAUAUGUCGUGCACAUCAGCUUGUUAUGGAAGGCUAUAAAUGGCAUUUCAAUGAAACAGUGUUAACGGUAUGGUCAGCGCCAAACUAUUGUUAUCGUUGUGGCAAUGUUGCUGCUAUACUUGAACUUGACGAACAUCUCAAUCGAAGUUUUACUAUAUUUGAAGCAGCUCCACAAGAUCAACGAUCGUCAGCUACUAAACGUGUUGUACCCGACUAUUUUCUUUAA